AUGCAUGCAUCGAAGCGCUGGUACCCUUCCUUCGUCUACCAUACCCACCCUCGGGGCCUCGAGUUACCAGAAGAUCCAAAGAAGACCCGAAAAUAUGAUCACCAAUGCACCUAUCCGCCUACUUCUCCUCCACAAUCUGCGGAGCUGGAGCCAGUGGGGAGUUUCCGGACCCCAAUUGACGCGUGA